AUGAAAAUUCAUCUUGUUCUUAUCUUGCCUGUGUUAAUACGUGGAGUGUGUUGCAUAAUUAAAAAUGUUUCAAGUAGUGUAUCUAAUCAUAUGACAGCCCACUCACCAUUCCUUUUUGUGCAUAAUAAAUACAAAAGGAAUAGAAAUUUUAAAUUGAAAAAUAAUAAAGACGAGAAUAAUUUUAUAAAUAUAUAUACUGUCAAGAAUCCAUUAAAAUGUAAAGUUGUAGAUAAAAUUAAUUUAGUAAGACCAAAUUCACCUAAUGAAGUUUAUCAUUUAGAAAUAAAUCAUAAUGGUCUCUUUAAAUAUGUAGAAGGCCAUACAUGUGGCAUCAUACCUUAUUAUAAUGAACAUGAUAAUAAAACAAAUAAAGAAAUUAAUAAAGAUAAUAAUAUAAUAAAUACAAAUAAUAAUAAUACAAUUAAUAAUAAUACAAUUAAUAAUAAUAUAUCUGCAAUUAAUAUUAAAAAACAAUUAUGUGCUAGAUUAUAUUCUAUAUCUUCUAGUAAUAAUACUGAGAAUUUGUCAGUUGCUGUAAAAAUACAUAAAUAUAAACAAAAAGAAAAUGACUCAAAUAUUACAAAUUAUGGUUAUUGUUCAGGUUUUAUAAAAAAUUUAAAAAUUAAUGAUGAUAUAUAUUUAACAGGUGCACAUGGAUAUUUUAAUUUACCUAAUGAUGCUAUACAAAAAAAUACAAAUUUUAUUUUUAUUGCAACAGGAACAGGUAUCUCUCCAUAUAUUUCAUUUUUAAAAAAAUUAUUUGCAUAUGAUCAUAAUAAUAUAAAUAAUAGAAAUAGUAAUUAUACUGGUCAUAUAACUAUUUAUUAUGGAGUUUAUAAUGAAGACUCCAUUUUAUAUUUAAACGAACUUGAAUAUUUUCAAAAAAUGUAUCCUAACAAUAUAAAUAUACAUUAUGUUUUUUCCUAUAAACAAAACUCCGAUGCCACAAGUUUUUAUGUGCAAGAUGAAAUAUAUAAAAGGAAAACAGAAUUCUUAAAUCUUUUUAAUAAUUAUAAAUGUGAAUUAUAUAUAUGUGGUCAUAAAUCAAUCAGAUAUAAAGUUAUGGAUAUUUUGAAAAGUGAUGACCAAUUUGAUGCAAACAAAAAGAAAAGAGUUCACGUUGAGGUGUAUUAA